UAUAAAACCAAGCGUUUUAUUAUGAAAUAAACAGAUUAAUGUUAGUAAGUUAACAAAAUGCGAGUGCUCAUUUUAUUGGCUGUUAUCGGUGCCGCUUUGGCGGUACCAAAGAAUGCCAACCGCAUUGUGGGUGGCUCGCCCACCACUAUUGAGGAGUACCCGUUCAUGGCUAAUAUGCAGUUCGGAUUGAUUGGAGUUUUCCAUACUUCAGCUUGUGGUGGUUCACUAAUAACAUCAACAACAGUGCUUUCAGCAGCUCACUGUUACUAUGGUGAUAGUCCUGCUCAAUGGGUCGUACGUUUGGGAUCGACAAACUCCUCUUCUGGCGGAACCGUACAUGAGGUGUCUCGCAUAAUCCUUCAUGAGAACUAUAUCCACCGGUUAUUAGUCAAUGAUGUUGCGCUUAUCAGACUCCGUGUUGCGGCCACUUUAUCCUCAGCAAUUGGUCUUGCUCGCCUUGCUGGAACAACCUACCAACUGCCCGAUGAUACCCGCGUCUACGCCGCUGGAUGGGGCCACAUUAGGGUCGGAGGCCCAUCAUCAUCACAAUUGCUGCAUGUUGACGUUAAUAUCAUCAACCACCGGUUGUGUACAGUACGUUAUGCCCAUCUCAAGACCCAGCCCGGUUUCGAGAACUGGCCCGAUGUAACUCCCGAGAUGUUGUGCGUUGGUAUUCUUGAUGUAGGAGGCAAGGAUGCGUGCCAAGGAGACUCUGGUGGUCCAGUUAUCCACGACAAAGAUAUUGUUGUAGGCAUCACUUCCUGGGGAUACCGUUGUGCUGAUCCAUUCUACCCUGGAGUUAACGCUCGUGUGUCAUCCUACACAAACUGGAUCGUUAAUAAUACGAUCGCAUAA